AUGCCGAGCCACAAGUCUUUCCGUACCAAGCAGAAGCUUGCCAAGGCCCAGAAGCAGAACCGCCCUGUGCCUCAGUGGAUUCGCCUCCGAACUGGCAACACCAUCCGCUACAACGCCAAGCGAAGGCACUGGCGCAAGACCCGCAUCGGCAUCUAA